AUGAUCGCUAGGAUUCCUCCACAACGAAAUCGACAUGUUCAAAUGUCAAGAUGUUCUGCACAGGCAAGCAUUUCCAUGUCCACUUCAGGUGUUCGUCAACGGGUCAGCCACCCGUCGUCUCAGACAGCGUCGUCGGCUGGAAGUGAGCGGUUGCUGGUCCUUUUCAUGUACGCGUCACCGUCAGGACGUACUGGUAUGCAUGAGAUACUGUUACAUGAAGACAUGUCAAAUGUUGACAUUAUGUUGCAACCGCAUGGAAUUGCAAUCGCCCAUUCUGCCGAUCUUCCAGUGAAGCCCAUCGAGGUGUCAUUAUGGAAAUUCUUCUAUGAUAUGGAAUUCACCAGGUGUCUGCGACUUUCUGUUCUAAAUUCUCGUUGUCCUGCUUCACAACCAUUGUUCCUAAAUCCUGCUCAGUAUGCGUUGCUUCAAGAAAUGAAGUUAGCUGUUAUUCGUGGCUUAGGACUUACUGAGAUUUUUAUGGAGGAAAACGGACGCGCUUGUCUGUAUGGCUCAGUAGAAAGCGUUCUCGAAGCACGCGCGACAAUUAAGCAGAUGUUCGAUGAGCAUGGUCUCGGUGAUCCAGAAGUCAUACCAGCGAUUUCUUGCAAGCGCUCACUCACCUGCCGACCGUUCGAUCGGCUCUCCAUCGAAGAUCAAGGAGGUUAUUUCUAUUGGAUUAGUAGUACAUUCUGCUUCUACGUGGUGUUCAAGUUAUUCCUUGAAAUAUCUUUUGGAGAAUUUUUAGGGAACUCUAAUAUUAGUGAUUUUCUUGCGAAUCAGAAACAUGAUAGUGAUUGUGUCGCAGUACUGAAAGUUGUACAGCGCUUUCGGAAACAACCGAACGAAUGGCCAAUCGAAGAGCAACCGUUCGGCAUCAUAGAACGAAACUUUGUCGGAAAGAUGAUGCAUCCGAUAGAGUUGAGGCCUGAAAGAGGUUUUGUCAAUAUGGUUCCGUUUGGACUUAUGAUGUUGCGACACUUCUUUAGGAAAGUUUGGGCUAAAGGUAACUACGAACUAUUUAAAUCGACUGGGAUUUUCAAUGAAGAAGAAGUAUGCGCUGGGACGAAGAGAGUGUUCGAAAUUAUUAGCCAGCAUGCACUAAAGAACAGGAUGGCAGAGUUGGUUACUCGAAACUUCUGUAGUACUGACGCUGCACGGCGUUUCGAUGUGGCAAGUAAUAGCAUGAGUGCUCGUCAACGAGGGUUACUGAAUCUCACAGAACAUGACGUUUUUGCCAUAGCACCCGGAGUUCUUGGUCCGUACCAGUUGAUUCGUUCAAUUUUGCGAGGAAGACAACCAUUUAUCACAUACAGUUUGUUAUGCUGUGCGUUUUACAAGAAGCAAAUGCUGUUUGAUGCGGUACGCGAAUUACCACUAGUUGACAGUGGAGAAGAAGCUCAGUUCAUAGCAAUACCUGAUAAUUAUGGCUAUGCGGCACCUCGAUUAAUUUUCGCCUUUAUUACGUUUGGAAACAAAAUUCUUGGCAAGUUUGAGGUAGACGGCGAUAUUGAAGUGCUUGGAUUUCAGUAUCUGGUUAUCUAA